AUGCUCCGGUCGCUCGGCAGCGGUACGCUCCGCUCACUCUGCAUUCGACGGAACCGCUCCCUUCCGCGCGCCUUCUCCUCCGCAACCCGCUAUCUCGAACCCCCGGCCGCAGAUCGUGUACCAGAUCGCGUACCCCUCCGUAAACAACUCAAACAAGAAGCCAAAGCGCUUCGGUCGCAUAAAAGACAACGCAAGGAGACUGCGGAAGCAUCGAAGGAAGAAUGGGAAUUGACAGUUGGUGUGGAGAUCCACGCGCAAUUGGACACUGAGACCAAAUUAUUUUCCCGAGCGUCUACUUCGACUAGCGAUGUCCCCAAUUCCAACCUUGCAUUGUUUGAUCUGGCGUUUCCGGGAAGCCAACCGGUGUUCCAAGCCGCCAUCCUCUUACCGGCCAUUCGGGCUGCCCUCGCGUUAAAUUGUGAGAUACAGCCCGUUAGUCGGUUUGAUCGGAAGCAUUACUUCUACCAAGAUCAGCCGUCUGGGUAUCAGAUUACACAAUAUUAUGAACCAUUUGCACGGAACGGCUAUGUCGACCUAUAUGAUUACGACGGUAUUGCGCCGGAGGACGGUGAACGGGUCCGCAUCAACAUUAAACAAGUUCAACUGGAGCAGGACACGGCCAAAUCCCAAGAGUAUUCACCCACGACACAACUUCUCGACUUCAACCGUGUCUCCCACCCUCUGAUUGAGAUCAUCACCAUGCCACAAAUUCACACUCCCGAAACGGCGGCAGCAUGCGUUCGGAAACUACAAGCUAUUGUCUUAUCGUGCGGUGCCGUGACGACGGGAAUGGAGCUGGGCGGUCUUCGUGCAGACGUCAACGUUUCGGUCCGACGCCGGGGUGAAGCACCUGGGGAACAUCAGUACGAUGGGAUCAGCGGGCUGGGCCAGCGUACUGAGAUCAAGAACCUCAGCAGCUUCAAAGCGGUGGAGGACGCCAUCAUUGCCGAGAAGAACCGUCAAAUCGAGGUGCUCGAGAGCGGCGGUGUUAUCGAAGGCGAGACGCGCGGAUGGGCCAUUGGCAGCUCUGAAACCCGCCGACUACGCGGUAAAGAAGGCUCAGUCGACUACCGCUACAUGCCGGAUCCUGAUAUUCCACCGUUGAUCAUUGGCGAGGACCUGCUCUCCAGCCUCAAGGACACGCUGCCCACAGCGCCCGACGCACUUCUUACCCUGCUCGUCGGAUCCGAGUUCAAUCUGCCCAUCGAGGAUGCCAAACCCCUCAUCGAGCUAGACAAUGGAGCUCGCCUCGAGUACUAUCACGAUGUGGUGGACAUUCUCCGCAGUCUGCAGGUUGACCAAGACGACAAAACGCGCGCCAGUCUCCUACGGGUGGCCAGCAACUGGGUGUUACACGAGCUCGGAGGUCUCGUGGCCAAGCAUGAUCGGGCAUGGGAUACAGAGAUUGUUCCAGCCCGGUCCUUGGCCCAUCUCAUUGACCAGCUGCAGCGGAAUCUGAUUACUGGCCCGACAGCCAAAUUGGUGCUGGCCACCAUCUUCGACGGGGACCGUCGACCGGUGCCGCAACUUCUGGAAGAAGAGAAUCUCCUGCUGCGGCCGUUGUCGCGAGAGGAAUAUGUGGCGCUGGCAGAGUCGGUCAUUGCCAUGAAUCCGCAGAUGGUCGAACAGAUCCGCAGUAAGAACCAAUUGGGGAAGUUGGGCUGGUUCGUGGGACAGAUGAUGCGCACUGGUGAAAAGGGUCGGGUGGAGGCGCCCAAGGCAGAACAAAUCCUCCGAGAGUUGAUCUUAUCUUAG